AUGCGCAUGCGUGCUCAUGGUCUGGUGGGCGUGGCUUUUACGCUGCUGCUGCGUGUUUGGUGGGUGGAUACGAGAUGUUGGAAGGACCAGCAAGGAAGGUUAGUGUCUCUAGUACUGGUGUUUCUGUCGGCCUGUGGAUGGGUGGUCUUCGUCACUGGUUUUGGAAUUCGAAAUUCGGAAGAAGGCUCAGUGGCCAAGUCAACGUUCACAAGCCACUGGUUGCUUGCUAUGUGUGGGCUGGUCUUCUACUUUAUCUUCUUCCUUCACCUGCUGUGGGGAAACAAAAUCUCCUCAGUUGUUGUGAUGGGUGUGGCUCCUCUGUUCCUGGCUGUGGUGGGAGCUGUUCUUCAGUUUGUCAGCAGAGACACCAGCUGUGACGGUAGCUUCCCGGCCCUCCUCCACCAGGACGACUUUGAGCUCUACCUCCUCAUUGAGUUUGUGGGAGCUGUUGUGGCUGGAAUUUUCAUGUGGUUGUCUCUGGUCCUGUGGCCCCUACUGAAGUACCCUGGAAGGAGCGACGAUUAUGCUACAAUCAACAGCUAAUUUCGCUUCCCUGAUACACUGAUCAUAAAACAGAGAACAGUGCACAUCAUUUUGAGUGCAUAAUUUAGUGGUGUGGUGUGUGUGUGUGUGUAUUUGUGGAAGAGACUAAGUCAGAGGCUGCAGAGGAGGAAGACGAGUUCUGGAGACUCUCUUCUGCAUGGCCUGUCGUCUCCUCUGCCUCUCAGCCACACCCCAGGGAGUCUGGGUUGCAGAGCUGGCAGUUUAAUGUAGUCAUUCCCUGCCUGACUACUCUCCUGUUUGUCUCGGUGGCAGAAGUUGGCCCUCACCUCCAGACUAGUGCCAGGUGCGCACGGGUGAAGACCUGACUUCCCCUGUGGGCAAUCCACACUGUAUUCCCAGCAGUAUGUAUACCAGAUUACAAUUACUUGGUGUUGAUAUUGGUCAGUCCCUUCGAGGAUUAAUUGGCCGUUCUCCCGAGAGCUUCCCUCCACCUCAUCCGUCUGUAGUUGGCUCUGCAGCAUCUCCAGAAUCCUGCUGUUUCUGUGCCUCUCCUCAGCCAGAGCUUGUCGUAGUUGACGUACUUCGCUCUCUAGUCUCAUGAGACAUGCAGUGUAUCUAGCAACAAGCACAUCACAAUUCGUAAAAGUCUAUGGCUUACCAGCUGCCUUUUUGUCAGUGGGGAGAUCGAGACUAGGAGGGGAAGAAGCCCUCUGCUCACAGCGACACAUUAUCAAACGGAAACUCAACUCUGCAGCAUGUCACAUGAAAGUCAACCUGCAGUUGCACAGAUAAGGAAGAACCUCUGUUUUCCCUCUGGAGCCUCUCAGCCUCAGAGUGGAGCUGCUCCAACGUCUCCUUGUGGUGUUGCCUAAGGAGCAGAAGACUCUCUUCCAGCCGUUCUCUCUUUGUCCUCUCCUCUCUCCAGUGAAUUCUUCCUCUGCUCCCCUGCACCUCGGUAAUAGCUAUAGCUACUGGCAUAUGGAGAAGUCACUCACUGGUAACGGUGUAUUGAUAUCUCUGUAGAGUAUUCCCUUCACGGCGGCCAGUCCAGUGAGACCUCCUCUUAACCCAGCCUGGGAGCUGGGAGCGAGACGCAGGCCCAGCACCAGCACCCGCGGCAUAGCCGCCGGAAUCCAUGUUUGGUUGUCAUGGGUUACGGGUGCGCACUAAAUAGAAAAGGGUUGCAGCGUGUUGAAAUGUCUGCUACAAGUGCAGCCCCAGGCUCUUCUUUCCCUGCUCCUCGUCUCCCUUGUCACCCUCUACCUUUAUCACUCCAUGGAGCAUGCGUGGGGAGGUCAGGAGCGAGCGAGAGGCUGGCUUUGGCCGUGAAACUCGCUCGCAGGGACUUGCAGAGGUCGUUGCUAGCUCGCGGAGCCUUACAGUACUCGGUACAGAGUCUACCAGAGAUUCAGGUCCAAGUCCCUGCAGAGUCAGAUGAAGCCACUUCUGAAGCUGCUGUGAUUAGGAAGAGACCACCGUCAAAGAGUGGAGUUACUCAGUGCCAAUCAGCCACAGAGCCUGUCGCAGAGUCUGCUGAAGAUGAUAUUGUCACUCAGCCAGCAGGAGAGGAGGAGGGUGGGCGAGAGGCAGACGGAAAGGAAACCAGUGACCAUGUUCAGUUGAAGGUGGCUCUGGCUAAACAGGUCCAGCGCCUCCAAGAACUCUGUGCUCGUGAGCAGGAGGGGGAGGGAGGGGAAGAGGAAGAGGAGAGGGAGAGAGAGAAAGCAGCAGAGCAAGUGUCCCUCAUGGCUAGGAAGCUGUAUGAUCUUCAUCGGCAGGUUUCUGCAGUCCAGGGAGUACCAGUCAGAGGUGGCAGGAAGGCUACUGCAAGACUUGCUGCGGCUCGCAGAGCAGCAACCAGGACUCUCCACUCUUUCUCCCCCGCCAGCAGGAGCUGCCUGCCCAGUGGCCUGCUGGACCUGCUGACUCAGCUGUGUGGAGACAGUCAGAGCCGCCAGCUCCUCGCCCUGGCACAACAGAUGUACUCAGAAAUUCUCAGGAGUGCCAGAGAACUAACUAAAACCCCCAAAACACAGGUUGAAAAUAGGGGGUCUAGGCCGCAAUCAAAAGAUCAAAGACACAAAACUAAGAAAUAUUGUUCCAGAGCCAAGGGAAAACUUUCUUCCACCUCCUCUAGAAAACAAUUGAAGAGGAAAAGAAAGAAGACAGGGACGCUAGAAGGGACGAAUGAGCAGUUUAUUGACAAGAGGCCUCCAGAUUCACCUAUCACCCCAUUACCACACACUAAUUCAACACCACCACAAGAUGCUCCCUCUCCACCUGUACACCCUGCCUCCUCACACAGUGAACUACCAUCUGCACACCCAGAACAUACUCAACCUCCACAACUAGCUUCACCUCAGUCUUCACAUCUUCUGCCCCCACACCCUGAUCCUACUCCACACCUCACUUAUUCACAAUCUUCACACUCUGCCUACUUUACUCCAUCUCCUCCCCUCAAUUCCCCUCCACUAAAGGCACCUCAGUGUCCCUCAGUUCUGCUGUCAAGACCUUCACUACCACACCUAGUUUCUAUGACAACCACUAUAAACACCAUGGAGGAGGUCCAGGAUAUGAUCUUACACCAGUGGCAGCAAACACCUUCCACCCCCAACCCUCCCACCAGGGUGGAGGGAGAGGGAGAGGGGGUCCAGCUGAAGCAGAGCUCCUGGCUGGGAGGGCACUACCAACAAAGACCUACCCACCCACAGCAAUGGAGGAGAUAGAGAGGCUGGCAGACCUGCUGUUGGAGGAAGUGGUGUCAGAAGUAUGCAGUGAGCUGGAAGAAGCCAGUGACAGUUUAGCUGAGCAGUUGUACUGUAGGGAAUUUUAUGAACCGCCUUUAUAACAAGACACUACAGAAUUGUGAUAAAAUUGUCAUAAAACUUUUUCUAUAGUGGCACACACGGGAAUAGGUAUAAUAAUAGUCUUGAUUUUUCUCCACAAUUAUUCAAACGUCGCCUUUGCUCUCAGUUGAUUAGGCCUUCAUCUGCAGGUGUGAGAGGCAAAUUUAUGAAACAUGUAGUGUGGGGGUAUAGAGAGAAAGGACUAUGAACCUCGUAAGAGUCAGUUGAAUUGCUGUGAGACUUGGUUUUAUUGGUAAAAAAGGGAGAAAUGGUGUAGUAGGCAAUCUGGGGAGAGAGGGAGAUGGUUCAGAGGAAGAACAAUCUGCGAAGACCUUACCACACAGAUGCCUGUGAUGAGCAGACCCACCCACUCGCCUACCAGCCAGGCACCCCAAUAAGGGUCAGCCAUCCAGUCUCUAGGAACUACCUCUAUAUCUAGUGGAGCCAUGCUGUUGACUUCGUUGCGGUAGUUGUUGUCUGCACUGAACAGUCUGUUCCCCUCCGCCCAGAACGCCCCAGAGCCACACACCAAGGUGAGGGUGAGCAGGAAGUGAGC